AGUGUGGCGGACAAAUCCUCGGCCGUUAAUCCCCGCUCGGUAAGGUUCCCGGAGUAGCCUCCGACAGUAGAAUGCUCAGCGGGUCGGAGCGUUCAGUCUGACCGUCGGGACCGUCUCCGCUCCGGGCUCGGCCUCCGGGAUCACGCGGGGCUGGUCGUCUCCUCCUCGCCCCCCACCCCCCUCCCCCCCGCCUGUCGGGCUCCAGACCCCCGCUGCUGCUGAGCUGAAGCUCCGUGAAGCUCCGUGAGGCUCCGGGCACCUCCACCCUGACUGCAAUGGGAUGCUGCGGUAGCACGGAGAGGACAAAGAGAGAAUGGAGACCGCUGGAGGACCGGAGCUGCACAGACCUGCCCUGGUUCCUGCUCUUCACCGUCUUCUGCGUCGGCAUGGGCAGCAUCUGCGGCUUCACCAUCGUCACCGGCGGCGCCGCUCGCCUUGUCUUCGGAUAUGACAGCUACGGUAACACUUGCGGCCAACGCAACGAACAGAUUGAAGGCGUCAGACUGAGUGGCCUCGACCACACCGACAGGAAGUUUGUCUUCUUCCUGGAUCCCUGUAACGUCGACAUCGUUCAGAGGAAAAUCAAGUCCAUGGCUCUUUGUGUGUCUCUGUGUCCCACUGAGGAGCUGAAGACCUACCAGGACCUAAAGAGGUUCGCCAUGAUCAAUGGCUCUGAGCUGUGCUCCUACGAGUUAGCAGGUCAUAAAUAUCCUGGUCUCCCUGAGAGGUUCACCAAGUGUCCCAAACUACCUGUUCCACCAAGCAAACCGCUGCCAGUGUUUAACCGCUGCACCCCGGUGGACAUUUCCUGCUACGCACGGUUUGCGGAGGCUGUGGUGACGUUUGUGGGGGAUAACAGCGUUCUGCACCGACUGAUCGCCGGUGUCGCUGCCAGUAAAGAGAUCAUCAUCGGACUGUGUGUCCUCGCACUGUUCCUCUCCAUGAUCCUCAUGGUGAUCAUUCGUUACAUCUCUGCCGUCCUCGUCUGGAUCCUCACCUCAUUGGUUGUCCUUGGAUCCCUUGCGGGGACUAGCGUGCUCUGGUGGCUCUACAUCGACUACCGGCUAUACGGGAACGACACUAAAGUGCUGAAGGAGGCAAAGGAGGAGGUGGAAGUCACCAGGGACAGCGGACAGGCUCUGCUUGUCUAUGCCGUCGCCGCCACUGUCUUCACUAUCAUCCUGCUGCUGCUGAUGCUCUUCAUGAGGAAACGAGUGGCUCUGACCAUCGCUCUGUUCCACGUGGCGGGGAAAGUUUUCAUCCACCUGCCCCUCCUCACCCUGCAGCCCUUCGUCACCUUCUUCGCCCUCCUGCUCUUCUGGAUCUACUGGAUUCUGGUCCUUCUCUUCCUGGGAACCACCGGUAACCCAGUACAGAACGAGGAGACCGGGCUGACGGAGUUCAGACUGACGGGUCCUCUUCAGUACCUGACCUGGUACCAUGCUGUGGGCCUGGUCUGGAUCAGUGAGUUCAUCCUGGCCUGUCAGCAGAUGACUGUGGCCGGUGCUGUGGUCACAUACUACUUCACCAGGGACAAGAACCGACUCCCCGUGACUCCAAUCCUGUCCUCGGUCCUGAGGCUGGUCCGGUAUCACCUGGGCACAGUCGCUAAAGGGUCCUUCAUCAUCACGCUGGUCAAGAUCCCUCGACUCAUCCUCAUGUACAUCCACAACCAGCUCAAAGGAAAGGAGAACGCGUGCGCUCGCUGUAUGCUGAAAACUUGUAUCUGUUGCCUGUGGUGUUUGGAGAAGUGCCUCAACUAUCUCAAUCAGAAUGCAUAUGCAGCCACAGCCAUCAACAGCACCAGUUUCUGCACGUCUGCACGCGACGCCUUCGUGAUCCUGGUGGAAAACGCUCUGCGGGUCGCCACAAUCAACGCCAUCGGAGACUUUGUGCUCUUCUUGGGGAAGAUCCUGAUUGUGACGACGACGGCGUUCGCUGGAGUCCUCCUCCUGAACUACCAGCGGGAUUACGCCGAGUGGCUGCUGCCGCUCAUCAUCGUAUGUCUCUUCUCCUUCCUGGUGGCUCACUGCUUCCUGUCCAUCUUUGAGAUCGUGGUGGACGUCCUCUUCCUCUGCUUCGCCAUCGAUACGAAGUAUAACGACGGCACUCCAGGGAAGGAGUUCUUCAUGGACAAAGCUCUGAUGGAGUUUGUGGAGAGCAGCCGGCGGUUGGAGCGUGCCGUGGAGCGUGGGCGGAGUCGGGUGAAGGAAGUGGUGUCAGAGGGUGCGGAGAUGAAGCCCAUGGUGAGUGACACCAGAGGGGGUGUGGCCAGGCAGAAGAACUCUUUGGAAGAGGCAUCGGUGGGGCCAGACUGGGGUGGUGAUGGGGAGUGGGCGGAGCAUCAGGAGUUCCAGGUGUACUACUUGCUGGUGGGGGUGCUGGUGGACUGGAUGCUAAUGGAGCAGAGGGACUUCGUCCUCUGUCUCAGCGAGGAUGUCGUCCUCUUCCUCUGCGUCUACCUGCCCACCUCCACUCUCUUCCUGUUCGUCAGCCUGCUGCACACGCCAAACCCCGCCCCCUCUGCCAAAUCACAUGUUAAAUCAGCCGCCGUCAGCACCGUGUGCUAACACAUACAUACUAACUGAUGCAUGUGGUGACUCGAGCAUGCUGACUGGAUGAACCACUGACGCAUGCUAAUCAAACUCAUUUGCAUCAUGAUCAUCAUCAUCCCGCUGCUUCCUCAGGGACUAAACUCCUCCUGACUUUCUGUUUGUAAUCUGUUUAUUUUUUACUUUUGUAUCUUUUAUAUUUGGAGUAUUUUUCUAUAAAUUUGUCGAUGUUUGAGUGAAUUUCUGUUCAGCCUUAUGUUCUCACUGCGGUGCUUUAAGCGAGGAGGAGGACUCAGCAGAUGGUGCGCUGCAGCUUCAGGGUCACGCUCCCCCUUCUGUCAUUCUGGCCAUCACAUUUUUCCAAAACUACCUAAUAGGAAUAGUAUCCUGAUAGGAUACUAAUAGGAGAAGGUUUAAAUUUUUAAACUGAGAUACAAACUGAGUUCUCUUCACUGCUGAUCAGUGAUGGGCUAACCAAUAAAAACCUUUUUUUGAGUUCCUUUUUAAAAUAUAAAAAAAAAAUCAAAUCUUUGGGAGCUGAUCGAGUUUAAUUAAAGGCAAUCAUUAGAAAGCUGCUUUCUUCUGGGUCCUAGCUUCCUGCAUGGUUUCACAGAAUGAUCUUUCCUCACCAGAGCUCGUGUCCGGCACAGUUUGAGCAGCUGAGGAAGAGCCAGAGGCUCUCUGCGUUUAGAUUUGACUCAAAAACAAAUUCUAAAGAGAUCAUUAUUUUCCCCAGCAGAUGUUUGCUCCUGGUAGAGUGAGAAGAAUUAGAAAGCAGAAACCAGGCGGUCGUCACCUCCUGUACGUUUGUCCACCAGCGACCGCCAACAAUCCGCCAAAGAAAAACUGCAGAGAAACAAAAAACUACCAAAAAUAGAAGUGCAACAACUACAGAGAGACACAAAGGACCGCUACAGCUUGUGUAGGUUUGUGUUUCAGUUUGUGAAAUAUUUCUAAGGGUGUUAUAAGAGCAUCCCCAGUAUUCUGUCGUGGUGUGUAAAUACAGGACGAGUAACAGUGAGAGAAAGAGCUUUGGUGACACGGACACAUUAUCCUGAAAUCACUAAGAGGAUGGCUGUUCUGCACCCAAAGAGCCAAUCAGCAGUUGAAAUGAGUCGUUUCAGUCGUUUUGUUGCACAGAUGCAGGUUGUGUAGUUGUAGUUUUUCUUUGCUUAUUGCGUGCAUAACUCAAAUUAGCAUGACGUUUGCUCAGUGCUGCAGUGGGAGGAGCCAUAGACAUUGAUUGUAGCGGUGUUGAGUGGUUAUAAUAAAGCAUUUUCUUAGGUCCCAUUGAGGACUGAACCUUCCAAGUUGGUAGAAUUGCUUCUAGAAGGACGUUGCAAGGCAGUUCCUGGAUGGUUUUUCCACUUCCUUUUAAUCCUGAUGGAGCUAAAUGGCUAAAAUAGUCAUUUCAGUUCGGUUUUACUGAUAUAGCACCAGUUCACAACAGUCGCUGCAUAACACUUUAUACUAUAAACUAAAAGCCCUGCAAUAUUAAGAGACAGUUCCAACAAUCAGACAAAACCAUGAGCAGCACUUGGAAACGUAAGUGCCCUCCAACCAGGUGG